CAACCCUCGACCUUCUUCAAAUCGAGUGGUGUGAACAUUUGCUUGAACGGCACACAAUCUCAGCUCUAGAGAGGUAUCUCACCUUCUCCCUCGCUUUAUACCUCGCCAUCACAACAGAACCUUUCGUCUACCCUCAGAUCGACCGCAGUAUCCAGCGCACCGUUCGUCAAGUAUCUCCAGCUCCGCCUCAUCGUGUCCGUCUCACCGUCCUUCCAUCCACGGCCGCUGCUCAACUAAGAGAGAAAGCUAAAUGAUCGAUUGGUCGAUUGACACUUAUUCCAGACAGCUAGAAACCGAUGGGUCACCACCCUAAUUUGUUGGAAUCACUGAAUGUGCGAGUUGUGGGCACCGGCGACAAAAUUCUCGUCUUAGCCCACGGCUCCGGCACCGACCAGUCGGCGUGGCGGUCUAUUUUCCCUCACUUUGUACGGAACCACCGUAUCAUCCUUUUCGACCUCGCUUGUGCUGGCAGCGUCAACCCCGACUGUUUUGACUUCCGGCGGUACACAACUCUCGACGCGUACGCUGAUGACCUCAUCAACAUUCUCGACCUUCUUCAGAUCGAGCAGUGCGCCUACGUCGGCCACUCCGUCUCCGCCAUGAUUGGAAUCCUCGCUGCCAUUCGCCGCCCUGAUCUCUUCUCAAAGCUCAUCCUCAUUGGCGCUUCCCCAAGGUUCUCGAACGACGAGGACUACCAUGGAGGAUUUGAGCGAGAAGAGGUGAUGGAAGUAUUCUCCGCGAUGCAAGAAAAUUACGAGGCAUGGGUGAGGGGGUUCGCUCCGCUGGCGGUGGGAGCGGAUGUGCCUGCGGCAGUGCAAGAAUUCACCCGGACGCUAUUCAAUAUGCGGCCGGACAUAACGCUGUUCGUGUCCCAGACGGUGUUCAACAGCGACCUGAGGGGGGUUUUGGGCCUGGUGAAGUGUCCCUCCCACAUCAUUCAGACGGCCAAGGAUGCGUCAGUGCCGGCAUCGGUGGCGACGUACCUGAAGAACCACCUUGGAGGGCGGAACACGGUGCACCUCUUGCCCAUAGAGGGGCACUUGCCGCACCUGUCUGCCCCGGGGAUGCUGGCCCAGGCCAUAAGGCAAGCUCUCGCCUCUGGACUGGGAAGUGAGUAGUUUUUGGGCCCGUAAUCGUGCUGUUUAUUACGGAGGAGCAACGAAUAAUAGGCCUGUGGUCUACUUUGUUCUAUAUAAUCCUUCGAGUAAUAAUAGUGUUACUCCAUACGUUUAACACUUUAACUUGAUCUUGAUCCAAAAAAACGUUUAACUUGAUCUGUAUAUCAUAUGUUUUACUUGCAAAGUCACAAACUAACUCUUAUUUUCCGCAUGUCAAUUAAAAAAAAAUCUUUUUCUGACUA